CUCCUGUGGUCACGUGAUUGUAAACAUGGCCGCGCGCUGUUGAAAGUCAUGCGAUAGCUCUUGGAUAUCGUUUCUUAUUUACAUCUCUUUGAAUUAAAAUUUAUUUGCAGUAAUAUAGACGUUUAUCUUGAUAUAUACUGCCAACGAUAUUGUUAUGGACCACGCCGGACAACUACGAAAUCUGCGGGACUUCCUGCUCGUUUACAAUCGCAUGACGGACAUCUGCUUCCAGCGAUGCACAAGCAAUUUCAACUACAGAAAUCUGACAAUGGAUGAGGAGCGAUGUGUGGACAGUUGUGCUGGCAUGUUAAUAAGGACCAAUCACCGUUUAAUGGGCACGUAUAUGCAGCUGAUGCCUGCAAUGGUGCAGAAAAGGAUGCAGGAGAUGGAGAGCAAGGCUGCAGAAGUGGCUAAAGCUGAAGCUGCAGCACAAGGAAGUUCAUCAGCAUUAGAAAAUCUAUCCACUGCCCUUCCAACCACAACAACAAUGCUUGAGAGCCCACAGAUACCUCCUAAUAAUCCAUCAGAUAUCAAGACCUCAUUAGCGACCGAUGUCUCAGCUUUUGGACAAACACAGUCAUUGUUAGAUGUGCCCACAGUACCAAACAACACGCAGACCUUUACAAAUGAGUCUUUUGAAGGACUAGUAGCGCCAUCGCCAGUGAUCUCAACAUCUUCCAGUGUACCUAAAGUAGAUGGAGGUCCCGUCUUGAGUGCAGUAGAAAAACUCAAUCUGAAGCCCAGCAGUGUAACAACCACAUCAGUUCCUGAAGCACGGUCUGAAAGGGGAGCAGGACAGAGCCCCCCAAAUCAAUCUUGAUGGCGAUGUGCAGAAAAGAGACAUGGCAGAGAAGAUAUGUCUAGGAGAUUUUAUUUAUGCUGCAUAUUCAGUCUUAACAGCCAAGAGUUACGGAAGCCUUUUAAGACUGUUGAUCAUGGAAUGGGUCUCAUAAAUAUUUAAAUACCUCUAUUAAAACAUUAAAUAACUAUGUACUGCCGGCUAUGUGUCUUUAAUAAAAUUGCAUCAUGGAAAGAUAA